GCUAAGAUUACCAGUUUAAACCAGGAAUCAAGCAUCCAAGCCAUGUGACUGGGGUAGGCGGUGCUCGGCUGGCUUGCAUCCAGUAGCAGUAAACCUUGUGAUUGUAUGGAAAAGAAAAAAACUAACAUGACUAACGGAACGGUACUGUUGUACCAAUAUUUCCACCUAUGGGAAUGCUGCUUGUGAUAGCGCCGAAUAUGCACAAGCAUUUUGCUUGAAGAAAAGAAAAGAACCCCAAACUGGAACCGUGGCUUGAACAUCAGAAAUUAUUCUACCACGGGGGUGGCUGUCAGAUGAACAAUUGAGAAUGGCCUGGAUUUGGAAGAGGAAAUCUGUCAUCGUCAUGAGUCUGAUCGUGGCCGUGUCUGUGCUUGUUGCUGCUGUGCACUACACUGAGAAGCCCUACGUUUUACUUCAACCUUAUUUCGGACAGUCCUUCAGCAAUCGAUGGGUCUUUUCCCGCUUGCAGCACAGGUUUAAAUCUCACAGUGGAUAUGUCAGCGUGCCAAAGCAGGAGCCUCUUAAGCUGUACUGCGAUCUCUGCAGCAUCGUUUCCAGCUCGGGCCAGAUGCUUGGCAGGGAAGCGGGAUCAGCCAUCGACCAGUCGUCUUGUGUGCUAAGAAUGAACAACGCUCCCACAAAGGGCUUUGAGGAAGACGUGGGUAGGAAGACGACGGUCAGAGUGGUGUCCCACACCAGCGUUCCUCUGCUGCUGCAGAAGCAGCAGUACUUCUUUGGACAAGCCAACGACACCAUCUACAUCAUCUGGGGGCCCUUGCGUAACAUGAGGCAGGACGGCAAAGGGAUUGUGUAUAACAUGCUGAGACAAGUGAUAGAAAACUACCCUCAAGCCAAGAUCUUUGUGACAACCGAAGAGCGCAUGAACUACUGUGACAAGGUGUUCAAAGAAGAAACUGGAAAAGACAGAAUUCAGUCAGGGUCAUACCUCAGCACUGGGUGGUUCACUCUUGUUCUCGCUAUGGACAUAUGUCGUGAUAUUCACAUAUAUGGGAUGAUAAAUGAAACCUACUGCAGGACCGAUGGGUAUCGCAAAGUCCCCUAUCAUUACUAUGAAGCUGGGAGCAGAGACGAAUGCGCAGAGUACCUCCUGCAUGAAGGCGCUCCGUACGGAGGACACCGCUUCAUUACUGAGAAAUCUGUUUUUGCUAAAUGGGCCAAAUCACAUGCCAUUCAAUUCUCACACCCAACCUGGGCAAUUUCAUGACACACCAAGAACAAUUGGUAUAUCAUUUAAUUUUUUUUUUUUUUUUUUUUUUAACAAAUAAAACUCCAGAAAUGUUUACUUGGAUGGUGCUGACUGGCCCAAUCUGUUUCCAUUACUCUUGUCUGUAAAUGGACGACAAAUACUGGUGGGAUCAUUUUUGCCAGUUUAUAAUUUGUCAACAAAUGGGAAGGAAAGACCAAAAGAAGACUGACAAAAGGACAAUCAUCAUUAAACAGCCAAAAGAAAUAUUUAAACUACCACUUUCCAAAACAGAUGCACUUUCUAUGAAUAUUGCUUGUGGAAUUCUAAGGUUAGUCAGCUUCAUUAGUAUGCUGCAUACAAUGUGGGCAACUCAAAUUAGGGAAUUCAUUUCAGUUGUGACUAAUGCUGCUGGUUAAUUUGAUUAAUUUAAAAUAAGCAGGUGAAGCUUUUUUUUUAAAUGAUUAAAUGAAAUGAUUUAAAAAAAAAUAGAAACUGAGCAAGAUAAAGUAUUUUACAGAACCAUUAAAUACAGUACAUCUAACAUCUGAAAAGUACAGAUAACGGUCUAUGAAAUAAACUGUGAACCUAACUGAUUGAAUGCAGCAUAUUUACUGGUAAUCUUGACAGUGUACACACUGAAUCACUGACUACAUGUUAAUCAGAUGUUUACAGUUAUUAUCUGACAUUGUAGGAACAAGGUACAUAAACCCUGUAGUGUUGGUAUAUCACUGUUUAAUAUAAUACUAUAUGAGGAUCUAUCAUAUCUGGUUACAAAUCUAGUUACUUCAACACAGUAGCUUCUCCCCACAUAGAGGAAUUAUUGGGCAUUCCAGGGUUAAAAACAUGUGCAAACAGCAGUAGGCGCACAUGCAAACCACUGUUUCAGAGUGCUAUACCUGUGGUUAAGUGCCAUCAAUGGAAAAUGUAAUUUCCACUGUGAAAUCUGACUUAUAUUGUGCCUGCAUAGUGUCGUUUCUUUUGUUUGGCCUCCUCCUCCCCUAUCACUGCUUUGUCUUUUGGAGGUGGCGGCCCAUGCGCCACUUCCUAUCUGUGGCACUAACCUACAUGAUAUCGUUCAUUUAUCUUUCAGGAGGCUGUGUGGUCCAGUGGUUAAAGAAAAGGGCUUGUAACCAGGAGGUCCCCGGUUCAAAUCCCACCUCAGCCACUGACUCAUUGUGUGACCCUGAGCAAGUCACUUAACCUCCUUGUGCUCUGUCUUUUGGGUGAGAGGUAGUUGUAAGUGACUCUGCAGCUGAUGCAUAGUUCACACACCCUAGUCUCUGUAAGUCGCCUUGGAUAAAGGUGACUGCUAAAUAAACAAAUAAUAAUAAUAUGUGCUAGCCGGCCAGCAUUGUGGGUAGCUGUCGAGCACCCAGGGACAGAAUUUCAUCAUUGUCAUUAAUUUGUCUGUUCAAUUACAAUUCAAUUCAUUCACAUUGUGGAUUCUCUGUCCUGAAUAUACAAUAAAAAUGUAAUCCGGCAAUGCAGACUUUCAAACACAUUAUCAAAGCUUCAUGAAUAGUGCUUGAUAUGUGUAAAAGCAAAGUAAACAACAUGCCAAAAACUUGUAAAAUGCCAGCACCAUUUUCUUUUUCUUUUGCUGCUACAUACAGUAUUAAAGAGGUUUGUGUCUUUGGUUAAUUAGAAACCACAGAAACUACUGUAAGAUACAUUUAAAAACAAUAACAUUCCUUGCUGAUAAAUUAAAGCUGUAGAGUUUCGCUAAUGUUAAUAUAUUAACUCCUAAGCAGUGCUGUGCAAAGAAAUAAGAGAAACCCCAUACUUUACCUCACUGCCGUUUUGUCAGAGAUAUUUGCUUUUUUUCUAAUAAUGUGCUGUAUGGAUUUUUUCCCUACCAAUAUCACUCGUAUGUACUUUUCUAUGGCCUCUGUUCCCUAGUGUUGGUUAAAAAGGUUUGCUAAUGGAAUAUAAUAAUCUGUGUACCGUGUGAAUUAUGUUUAAUAUUUACUUUCCCUGCCAUGAAAUGGGAGAAGGAUUUUCUGCCAAAUCAAGUUAGGUGUCAAUAAUGUUGGGUUAUUAACAUUGAUUUUAGAAGGUGGCAUUGGAAAAGACGAGUUAGCUCUGUUUACAGUGGCUAUGAUAACAGCAUGAAGAAAAACAAUUAAAAAAAUACAGCUUAUGAGAGGACAUCAGCAAUUUUACAUCAUCUGUUCGUUAUUGCUAAUGAACAAUUUCGCAAACUGCAAAUGCAUAGCCUCUGAGUGAAAAGUAGAAAGCACAUGAUUUCCUAGUCACUAUGUUACUGUAAUUUCUGAAAUGAAGUGUUUAUUAAUUAUACAAAUAAAACCCAGCAUACAUACACAGUACAAGGCUAAGGCAGAAAGCAAGCUUCAGUAGGACGGAUUUGCACUGUGUAGGACCGACAGUUUAAAGAAAAAAAAGAAUACCUCUUUUUAUACAUAUUAUCCUCAAUAGAUAAACAGUGAGAAAAAAAAAAAACACUUAUCUGUUUUGUUGUUUUUGUAAUGACAGCUUUUGAAAAAGGAAAAUCAUUGCAUUGUCUUAUAAAGGUUGCAGUGAGAUCCUCUAAAUCCAAUGCUGUGAUGGAUUUAAUAAAGUCUGUGUUCUGGGAAUAUGAGGUUUACAAACAGUAGUAUUUUUUUUUUUUUUUUUUUGGUAAUUAGCUCACUUUUGUAAUUUCUGUUGGGUAUAGCAGCAAUAACACAGAUGCAUUACCAGAUUACCUUGUUUUAUUCACCUGGAAAAUGGCUCAAAGGUCUAAGAGCAUCUCUUUACUUUGUAUUUGAUAUGUAUUUAAAAUGUUAGUGACAUGAUGGAUAUCCAUUAUGCAAAUUGAACUUGAUACUCAUUAAAAUGCUAAUGAAUAGUAAUACGUGAGUAGAAAGAAUGGCUUUGUAAAAUGCCUGGUUUCCCCUAUGUGUAUUCUUAUUUGUCAUUUGAAAACUAACUUUGAUAAGAACUCUUCAGUAUUCAGCCUCUGCAGGUGACAUAUUUAUAGUGUGUUGUUAAUGGUAUUAUUGUCUGAGUUUGUUUUAGGUGUUGCCAUUCCCUUGUGACAAGACUCAAUACCUUUAGUACUUAUUUGAAUAGCUGGCACAACAGCCUGCUGUUUGCCUUGUGAGAAAUGGUUUACUAAUGUUUCAGACACUGGUCACCUCAUGCACUAUUCACACUACAUCCCUAACUUAAACCCACCAGAGUCUGUUUUAAUGUUUAUGUUCAAAAUUAAGACAUUGAAUGAAGUGGUCUUGCAUCAUUAAUGUUGUAAAUCUAUGUUUUAUCGAUGAAACGUUUAAACUGGCUGUGUAAACGACUGUUUACCGUUUAAACUAUCAGACCCAUUUUCAUUGAAAAGUAUGACUUGAUUUAGUAUUUAGAGUAAUUUCUCUCUCUCUCUCUAUAUAUAUUUUUUUCUUUUCUUAUUUCUUUUUUAAUUACUACCUCCAAUUUUUUCAUACAGUAUUCAAUUACAGUGGUUAACAAUGCAUCAAGAUGCUACAAAGGAUUACACGUUUUUUAAAUGUAAAAAUCAAUGCAAGAUCCCCAUUAAACAGGACUAUACCAAUUCCUGAUUUUUAUUUUACAGUUUAAACACUUGUAAGUUGUGUGGAUAAGGGAUACACUCUUGCCAUUCAGACUGGAGUUCAAGGACUGGACAUGUUCCUAAUGUAAGCAUUGAGUGAAUUAUCCUUCUUGAAUUAAACAACAGUAAAUUGGAAGCAGUGGUUAACUUAUACUAUAUAGUAUUAGUUACAAAGUUAAACUGAACUGAUUAACUUGAACUGGAUAACAACAAAACAAACGUCGUAAGGAUAUCAUAAGGGGUUUUCCUUAUUCCUGUUGACUAUUGUUCUCAAACAGUUUUUGAAAAUGCUAUAUGUUUGCAGAUUGUUGCCUUUCUUGUGAGCCGCACUGUAAAGCUGCUGAAUUGUGUUGACUAUGCCCCAAGUAGUGUCCUUUGUACUGCUUACAAUUUCACUAUUUAUAGAAUUUUGCAGAGUUUGUCAUUCUCUGUUUUCUGCCCAUGUAAACUUUGUAUCGUAUAUUCUUAUUGUACUCACAGCCUACACAACAUUCCCUUUUCGCCUUUAAACAUUAACCUUUGUACAUGCUUUUUGUACUUUCAUUUCUAAAGACCUCCAAAAUGUUGUUUCUAGAAUAAAUUAACUUGACAGAAA